GUUUCCAAAAAAAAAUUACGUAGGUUAGUUAUAGGUGUGUUAUUAUCAACAUUAGUAACUCUUUCAUGGCUUAAAAACUGACGUGUAGGUAUACGAGCAGUUAUUGGCAAUUUGGUGUUGGUUUCAAGCGUACCUAUCUAUACAAAUCUUUAACAUGAAAUAAAACUUUAAUUUACUCUGAUAAAAUCAAUCAACAGAAAAAAAAAAUGUACAAAUCAACCAAGUUAUUCGUCUUGUUUCUAUUCGUAUCGCCAAUUCGGUUCUCGUUCCAACAAUCGAAUCCUCACUCUGAAAACGAAGUCGAUCACGAAGAAGAAAAAAAUGUAUUCUUGGACGCAGCCCAGGACAUGCUCGGCAACCUAAUGGAAAAAAAUCCGGACAUGAGUAAAAACGCAGCAAUGGCAGCUCUCAGUGGAAUUUUCCAAUCAGUAAAGGGCGGUCAAGCAAUCGGCGAUUUGUUAUCAGGUAUGAAUGCACCCGGAGGCAAAAACAUAGCCAGCGAUAUCCUCGGUGGUAUAGCUGGUAUGUUGGAGAAAAAUCCUCAAGGAUUUGAUCCAAAAAUGCUAGGCCAAGUAGCCCAAGUAUUCUCUUCGCUGGCCGAAAGCAAAAACGAAAUACCAGGACAGCAAAGCAGCCCUGAUUGGGGAUCAAUUUUAGGCUUAGCUGGUAACCUGAUCUCAUCUAUGUCGAGUGAUAAGAAUUCAGAAAGUGGUGGAUUAGAAGGGUUAUUGAACUUGUUACCAAUGUUGACCGGUAAUGUACCCAGUGGACACGUGCAUUUCGCUGAUAACGAGCUGGAAGAUCAAUCCGAGCAUGAUAAGUAUGAAAAAGGAUCGUAUACGCCACCUUUUAUGAAUAUUUUUUACGAAUAUUGGGAGCAUUUCAAACAAUCGGAGUUUGGUGAAGCUGUGUGGAAGAAGAGUGGUCUAGAAGCUAUAUUCGAGCUGUUUGUUGAUAAAGAUGGGUAUUUCCAAGUAGAUAGGAUUUUCGAGUCGAUGGAGAACGCUUCGUUUAGACGUAAAUGGAUCAAGAGUCUUUCGAGUUUUGUUGGAGAAUGGAUAAGGCAUUUGUCUGAUCCGAGUACUCAAGCUAGAUACAUCGGCAACAUCAAGUUUCUUGGAAACAGCUUUCUAAGAUCUCAAGGGUACUCAGAUUCGGUAUACUUUGAUCCAACCAAACCAACUGAUUCAGCAAUAUCGAUAAUUGAUGCCAUAACAAGGAAACAAUUUGGUUUGAAAAUAGAUUCGGGCAAAUACAUCAGACCGGCUGUGAUAUAUUUGAAGGAAGUAUUCAAAAUAGGCGAAGGAAAGAAUUUACUCAGCAUGAGCCAACUGAGCUCCAAAGACAUUAGUGAUAGACUUGGAGACGUAUUAAACGGUGAAUUAAUAGAACCAGUUCUCAGAGUAUGGCGAGCGUAUAAAUUUUCCAUUCUAAAUCCUCAAUGUGAUAAACAACUAUUAUGCUAUUUAAAUAAGAAAGAUAACAGUUCACCUGCUCAAAUAGGCCUCAAGCCAGGAGUAAUGAAACUAUCUAGCUUAUCCGCUGCAUGGUAUUUAUCAGGCAGGACAGGAACGCCAUUCUGGAAAUUAUAUAAUGCUGUGACUGAAGAUAUCGUAUGUGAAGCACAUUACCCGGCUGAUUGUCAUAACUUCUACACAGCAGACCAUGCAUUUACAACUGAAAGUAAUAAUCUUCAUGGAGAGGAAUUGUGAGAUUUCUUUAUAGGAAUCAAAAACCCUUUCAACUUUACCAAUUAAUUUUAAGCAUUUUACUACGUGUGUGUGAUUUUAUUAUUGAAAUUGAAGUUUUUAAUUUUA